AUGGAGGAUGAACAGAAUGCGGCCCUUCACCUUGGCGGUCUUGCGCUAGGCAACGUGCUUCGCGACCUCGGCAUCGACGAACAGCACCAGUCCGACCUCGAACGUCUCGGCAUCGCAUCUGGCAGUGGCAGGAUCAAACAGGAGGAUAUCUACAAUGACCGCUUCGCAGACGAUGACGAUGACCUCGGUGAUUCAUAUCGCCGCAAUGGCUCCUCAACAAAGGACUGGGAGACUGAAGUCGACGACGAGAUGCGGAGAGAGCUUGCAAGUGAGCGUGACUCGGAGGAAAGAGCAGAGCUCGACAGGUACUAUCGCCAAGGUCUAGCGCAGCUCGAACAGCCUAGAGCGCCGCUGCGAGGAGAGGACGACGACUUUGAUGACAGCGAUGAGGAAGAAGAUGUCCCGCUUUCCCAACAGCCCUCUCGAAUACAGCUUAAUGGCCAUGCUAUACAAACCAACGACUUUUCUCGUUUCGGCGCUGGGAUAAUCAAAGUCAAGGAAGAACGUGACGACGAACGCGAUAUGGCGUUGCUAUCCGCGCCCUUGCCUACGUCAUCCAGCACUGUGUCGUCGACCCUUCCAUCACUUGCAUUACCUUCGGCUCGCAGUCCAAGACUGGAUUCCCCUCAACCACCGUCGCAGCCGUCUCAUCAACCGUACAUCACCGGCGCACCGCCCUCGCGUCCCUAUGUCGAUAUGGAAGAAGUCCGACAACAUUUUCCCGACUUUGAACCCGGAAAGAUCCUCAACUUCACCGAGCUCUUCGCCACUCGUCCACCCAAAAAGCGCAAACUUGGCUCGACCGCAGCCAGGUUUCAUAUCAUAGCUGAAGACGAGUUGCCGGUCCCCAAGUCGACUCGUGAAGAGUUAAUCCGAUCAUCCUCACUGCGUCCGCACCAUACUCCCAUCCUCUCCACUCUCACUCGUGAGCUUGAGAGCACGGCAGCAAGAGCUGGCCAGGCAGAAUUUGCAACGGAAGACAUCGAGCUUGCCGUUAUCUCGACGCCCGGGGUCAAGGCAGACAAAGGUAACGCUGUCUUGGCGCCGGUCGAGCUCGAUGAUUGGGAAGAUCGCAUCGUCUGGGAUGUACCUUUGCACAGUCGAUCUCUUGCUGUAACAUCCAUACAGGUUGAUGAGACUGAAAGUCAAUCCGCUUCACAACCGCACCUCGCCCCGACGCAAGCCGCGCCAGCCGUGGACAAACCAUUCAAUCACGACCUCUUCCGAGGUACAUGGACUCGCGGCAUCAUUUGGGAUGCACAAACACCCUUUGAGGCUUUUGACAAGCUCGUUCUCGACAUGAACGACCCUCAAAUGAUGCUCGAAGAAGAUCUUGGGCCAAAGACAAAGCAAAACUCUCUGCUGCGCGCCGAUGCGCCUGUUGUAUCCGCAGCCGCCCAACGAGACCUCGCGCGACGUCAGGCAGAGCUCGAUCCUCUCAACUUAUCUAACGACAAAUUCUAUGAACAGACUCGCGAGCACCGCCAGCGUGUCCGACAGACGCUCGGAAAGCUCGUCGUUCAGCAUGCCUGGCCUGCCAUCAAGCUACAGCUUCCAUGGUACAAGACCAAACUCACAAAGGCCGAAGCCAGAUCCUUUCACCGCCCCGCUAUGCAGUUCCCCACCAACAUGCCCCUUCACUUUUCCAAGACUAUCUCGUCCAAGAAGAAGAAGGAAGGCGCCGGUGCACGCAAAGCCAAGGAUCCAAAUGAGAUGCUCCGCACCACUCGCGAUCUCACACUUAAAGACACCGGCCCCUACGUGUUGUACGAGUACUCGGAAGAGUAUCCGCCGCUGCUGUCCAAGAUCGGUAUGGGCAGUCUGCUGGUCAACUACUACCGCAAGAAGGAUGCCAAGGACGAGCAUGUGCCCAAGAUGGACAUUGGUGAGCCUUACUUGUUAGAUGUAGCCGACGAGUCGCCGUUUAUGAAGUUUGGCAACAUCGAGCGAGGACAGGUACAGCCGACCUUGUACAACAACAUGAUUCGCGCGCCCCUCUUCCGCCACAAGCCGGCACACACCGAUUUCCUCCUUAUUCGAAGCACCACCAAGAACGAGAUUCGCUAUUAUCUGCGAGAAAUUCGCAACCUCUUUGUCGUGGGUCAAACGUACCCUGUUCAGCCGAUCCCCGGCCCGCACGCACGUCUCAUAACCAACAACAUUAAGUAUCGCCUCCAGAUGAUUGCCUACAAGCUCAUCCAGAAGAGCCAGCGUCAGCGAAUCAAGAUCCACCGUCUCAUGCGCUACUUCCCUGAUCAGAACGAGCUACAAAUGCGACAGAGGCUCAAGGAGUUUAUGGAGUACAAUCGCAAGGCAGGCGACGUCAAUCAAGGCUUCUGGAAGCUCAAGCCGCACAUUGUCGUCCCCGAAGAGGCUGAGCUGCUCAAGAUGCUGCCACCGGAGAACAUCUGCCUCGCCGAAAGCAUGCAAGUCGGUCAGCGACACUUGCUGGACUGUGGUUACACCAACACCGCCGAGGGAGACGAUGACGACGAAAGCAAAAUGGACAUCGAGCAGCUGCUCGCGCCCUGGAUCACCAGCAAGAAUUUCAUCAACGCGACCCAGGGCAAGGCUAUGCUCAAAUUGCACGGUGAUGGUGAUCCCACCGGUCGUGGCGAGGCUUUCAGCUUCAUCCGUGUCUCGAUGAAGGAAAUCUUCCUGCGAGCUGACGAAGAUGCCGAGGAGAGGCUUGCACAAGCGGAAGCAGAGGCAAAGAGCAAGUCUGGUCACAAAUACAGUGUUGCUGAACAGCAGGCUGUCUAUCGAUCGGAGAUCGACCGCAUCUGGAAUGCGCAGUGCCGCUCGCUCUCUAAUCCAGUGCCACCCAAAUUGACAGCGGAGGACGAACGCCGCGCACUUCUGCAAGCCAAUGGUGGUGCCAGGCCGGAUGCACGCGGCGGUGGUCGAGGCGAAUCUGUGCGCCGUGAUCGAAGUCCCAGCACUAUGAGUACCGUCAAUGGUGAUGGUGAGAAAUCGACCAAGGUGCUUCGCAUCCGUCGCUUCAUCAACGGCAAAUGGCAGCGCGAGAUGGUGCGGGAUCCCGCCGUCAUCAACGCCUACCUCACACAACGUAAAAAGAUCGAGGACGAAGCCAUUGCAACUGAAGAUUUGCUACCUACCGGUGACGCGGCGAUCGACAUGGCCCGUAUGAAGCGACUGCAGGAGGAGCUCGCGCAGCGCAAGAAGAACCAGGAGCGACGUAUUCAGCGCAAGAAUGCCAAAGCUGCUGCCGAAGGUCUGGCAAUUCCAGGUGGUUACAAAAGCUUGCUCAACAAGACUGAUACCAAGCGACGCUGUGGUCGAUGUGGAGAGGUUGGUCACAUGUCAACGAAUACGUCUUGCCCCAUGUUCCCCAAGGAUGGUGGUAAGAAUGGGGCAGGUGGGGCUGCUGGCAGCGGUGGACCAGGUACGCCAGGUACGCCGGCGAGUGGAGCCAGGCCAGGAAUGCCGCAUCUCGCCAGCGGCGGAGGCUUCUUUGGUCCUGGUAUGGGUAUGGGCAUUGGAAUCGCGAGUGCCGGGCCUAUGACGCCCAUGACACCGGCAGCACAAACGCCAGUCGACUCUCCAAUUCCGUCGCAGAGUCCCGCGCCUGGGAGCGGUGCUCCGACACCAGGGCUCAAGUUGAAGCUCAAAAAGAAGGCGUGA